AUGUACCAGCCUCCGCGACCUUUUGAACUGCCAUCGGACCUCGCAGCCGGCAUCACGUCGCUGUACCGCGAAAAUGCCGACGCCAAAGUCAUCAUAGACAGUCUCGUGAAGCUCGCUUACGACAGUGGUAAGGAGCAGUCGGAGCUGGUUCACAAGAAGGCCAAGGUGGAUGGGCCGCCAGCUACGUUGUCCGAGAGCAUAGUCAGCAAGCUGAAGAUCUUUCUGGGCAUCAAUCAGGUGAGCGUGGUUUUACCGAUCCGCAAGAAGCUCAACGUCUUCAUUGGCGCCGACCCUCGAGGCAAGACGUGGGUGUGGGUGUCGUCCAAGGAAGACGGGUCAGUGGACGACAUGUAUCCUGCAACGGAUACGGCCGACUUUCGGUGUGUGGCUUGUCUUCCUGUUCCCGAUCGAUCGGGAACGCCUCUGUUCAACAUUGUGUUUGUUCCAGGCGGAGCUGCCCAGGAAGUGACCACUCCUCCACAGCCGCUGGUGUUUUCUGUGCCUGAGGAGCCUGCUAAGAAGGCAUUUGACGGCUCGCUGUUUCUGCAGGGUAAGGACAAGAACCAGUUCAUGUACAAGGACCUCAUCUUGCUGGGAUGUCAGGGCAUCUCUUUGCCCAUUUCGGUCCCCGACACGGAGAUUUUCGGCGAAAAGUUCCACGUGCUUGCUCAUAAGGGCGCGCGGGAGGGCUAUUUGUUUUUCAUGCAGAACGAGGUGAUUUUCGGCUUCAAGAAGCCUCUCUUGUGCAUGAACACGGAGGACAUUGAGUCCAUUUCCUUUUCAACCAUCACCAGACUCACCUUCAACAUCAAUAUUGUGCUCAAGAGCGCUCCCGAUGUGGCUAUGGAGUUUUCGCUGAUUGACCAGAGCCACUACGGCGAGAUUGCUGGCUUCAUGGAGCGUAUUGCUGUGAAGAACGAAUCCUUUGACGAUAAACUCAAGGCCAAGACAUUUAUGAAGAACCAGCAGCCCGACAACAUCCUGGCUGUUGCCCAGAAUGAGGCAGAGAACGAGGUGCCUGUGGCUUACGACGAUGAGGACGAGGAGGACGACGAAAACUACACUGGAGAGUCGAGUGCGAGCGACGGAGAUGCCGAUGAGAGCGACGAGGAAGAGGCCGAAGAGAUGGAAGAGCAGGAGAGAGAGUAUGACGAGGAGCUUGGAGACGACGAGGUGGAGCAUGAUGAGGAUUUGGGCUAG